AUGAAAUUUCGAUUCAAGGAAGAAACCCCAGCCGAGCAACUUGUUGUCGAACGUGUACCAAAAUCGCAAAUUCCAGAUAUUGAUAAACGAAAAUUUUUGGUACCCAACGAUAUAACCAUUGCCCAGUUUAUGUGGAUCAUUCGAAAACGUAUCCAAUUGGCACCGGAAAAGGCUAUCUUUCUCUUCGUUAACAAAACAAUUCCGCAAUCAAGUUCAACAAUGGGUCAAAUCUAUGCGGAACACAAGGAUGAAGAUAGUUUUCUGUAUAUUGCAUAUGGAGGUGAAAAUACAUUUGGAUAA